AUGAAGUUUGGCAAGACACUCUUGGUGUCAACCUACCCACCAUGGCAGGACAAUUACAUCGACUACACCAAGCUCAAGAAACUGUUACGAGAAGACGAGGCUUCACCGCAGCGCGAGUGGACCGAGCAAGACGAGGAAGACUUCGUUCAUGAGCUCAUAAAUGUCCAAUUGGACAAGGUUCACCAGUUCCAUGUUGACACCUAUAAAAGCCUUCGCGACCGAACGUCCGAAUGUGAAGUCAAGCUCGAGCCCAUUGCUGCUGCCACAGAGAGCGAGGAGGCCACCGCGGAUCAGAAGGCCGUUGUUCAAGAGGUCAUGAAGGACUUGGAUGGCAUCUCCAAAGAUGUCGAGCAGCUGAGGAAAUUUAGUCGGAUCAACUUUACCGGCUUCCUGAAGGCCGCAAAGAAACACGAUCGAAAACGCGGUCGUCACUACCGUGUACAGCCAAUUUUACAAGUCAGGCUUUCGCAGGUCUCCUUUCAUUCCGAAGAUUAUUCUCCUCUACUGCAGAGACUCUCGGCCAUGUACACUUUCUGCCAUCAAAUCUUACAGACCGACCAACGAAGAGAAUCAGGCGCAGCACCACGGCCGCGUGACACGUAUACCGCCCACAAGUUUUGGGUUCACUCCGACAAUCUGUUGGAAGUUAAAACAUUCAUACUCCGUCGGUUGCCUAUCCUCAUCUAUAAUCCGCAGUCUGCCAAAGUCGUUGACUCUUCUCAGAAGGAUCCCACCAUUACUUCCAUAUAUUUUGACAAUACGAGCUUCAAGCUGUAUGCACAGAAAGUUGACAAGGCUCCCGAAGCAAGCUCACUACGACUUCGAUGGACCGGACAGCUCAAAGAAAAGCCAAUGAUCCAGCUGGAGAAAAAAACUGUUGGCGAAUCCGUGGAAAGCAAGGAAAUCAGGAUUCCCAUCAAAGAGAAAUACAUCACCCCUUUCUUAAAGGGCGAAUAUAAGAUGGAAAAGCAGAUUCAAAAGCUGGAAGAACGACGUGGCCCGAACUCAGAGGAGAUUGAGACAUUAAAGAAAAAUGUCGAAGAAAUUCGAAACUUCGUCAAGGACAACGAGCUGGAGCCGAUGCUGCGAGCCAGCUAUACCCGGACGGCCUUCCAGAUCCCUGGAGACGACCGAAUCCGGAUCUCCUUGGACACGGAACUGGCAUUGAUCCGGGAAGACGCACUUGACGCCCAGCGUCCCUGCCGCGACCCUGCAGAAUGGCACCGAAUGGACAUUGAUGCGAACGAACUUGAAUACCCGUUCUCUACUAUCAAGAAAGGUGAAAUCACACGGUUCCCACAUGCAUUGCUUGAGAUCAAGGUGAAAGACUCCAAAGCUACGCGAAACAACGCUUGGCUGUCAGACUUGAUGAGUUCGCAUCUUGUGAAAGAGGCUCCUCAUUUUUCCAAGUUUGUGCAUGGCGUUGCUCAACUGUUCGAGGAUCACGUCAAUAGCUUUCCCUUUUGGUUGAGUGACCUAGAUACCGACAUUCGCAGAGAUCCCGAAAUUGCGUUUAAGGAAGAGCAGCAGAAGCAGACCCAGAAAGCGGAAGAUGAGUUUGCGGUGGGCAGCUUCUUGCCGGGCUCAAAGCUAUCUUCGUCACCAAAUUUCAAGACCAAAGUGGGCUCACCCCAAGGAUUCUCUUCAGGUACCAUGCAGUCGUCAAUGGCACAUCUGUCACAAUCUCACCGCUCCCGUCGUUCUCAGUUGGAGCCCACGGCAGAGGAGCAUGAUUCGGACGACGACGGUGUGGAAGCAGCGACGUCUCAGAUCGAGGUGACCGAUUCCUCCGCGCGGGGCCUGCGUGCAUUGUUUCCGGCGUUCUCCAAUUCACGCUAUGCCCGAAGGCACCGACAGGGUGCAGAGUGGGAGAACGCUGCUCUCCCACCUGGCGUGAAAGACCCUGGGAGAUGGAUCAAAGAUUCUGGGCCAGUCAAGGUGGAGGCGAAAGUGUGGCUUGCGAACCAACGUACGUUUGUCAAAUGGCAGCACAUCUCUGUUCUGCUGGCAUCACUUUCGUUGGGUUUGUACAAUGCUGCCGGAGUGGACAACAACACUGCUCGGGCUUUGGCAUUAGUGUACACUGCAUUCGCUGCUUUUGCUGGCAUCUGGGGCUGGGGAAUAUAUGUUUGGAGAAGCAGACUGAUUAUGCAGAGAAGUGGUAAGGACUUUGACAACAUGAUCGGUCCGGUGAUUGUAAGCGUCGGCUUGGCCGUCGCUCUCUGCUUGAACUUCGGAUUUAAAUACGCAGCCCGAGCCUCGACGUUGUGA